AGAGCAAAUAGUCGUCGCCGCGACGUUGACGCGACGCCACUUGGAGAGAGAGAUUUCUCGCUCCGCUUUCGCGGCGAACUUUCUUCGGCCAUCCCUACCACUUCCGUCUCCGCCUUGUCACAUCGCGUCGAUGUUGUAACGUCGCGUCGCGUCACGGUGACGGGGGUGCAUAAAGUCCAAGCCUGCAGCGCGAUAAUAUUCUCAUACGAUUCACGUUCACGAGAAUUGAAUAUUUUUACGAACAUUUUUCGUGCUUCGCAUGUAUGCGCACGUGCGCGCGCGCGCAACAUAUAUAUACACAAUAUAUAUAUUCGAGCGCUUUGGAUGCUCCUGCUGCAUCGUAAUCCCGAAAUAGGAUCAAGGAUAACGACGUCGUAGAUUUUUUUCACGACUACGUGCUGCGGCGAGAGUCGAAAAACCGGUCUCUUGUGUUUGUAAAGAGAAACACUACUCCACAAUGGUUUCGUUGAUGGCGAGCGUCAGAGUCACCAGCACUCUUCAUCACUUUUGCGCUUGUGCUGCAAGAACGUUGACUACAAGCGCGAUGCCAAGUCCCAAGGACGAAGCGAGAGAAGUGAUCGUUAAUUAUUUGGAUGGGAAGGACAAUGGCAUCGCUGUACUAGGACUGAACAGACCGACCGCUCGUAAUUCGUUGGGACAGGUCUUGGUUGAACAGUUGACCAAGGCGUUGGACAGCAUCAAGCAGAACGACAAACUGCGAGUGCUGAUCAUACGCAGCCUAGUCCCGAAAGUAUUCUGCGCUGGGGCCGAUCUGCGAGAGAGAAUGAGAAUGGACCCAUCCGAGGUGCCGAAUUUCGUAUCCUCCCUCAGAGAUCUCACCACCAAGGUGGAGAACCUACCGACUCCGGUGAUAUCGGCUAUCGAUGGUGCCGCGCUGGGUGGAGGACUGGAACUCGCGUUGGCAACCGACAUCAGGAUCGCUUCUGCGGAGGCCUCUAUGGGUCUCGUGGAGACCAACUUGGCCAUAAUACCCGGUGCCGGUGGUACGCAGAGACUUCCAAGGAUAAUCGGAGUGGCCAAGGCUAAGGAGUUGAUUUACACGGCCCGGGUUCUGAACGGCGAGCAAGCAAGCAUGAUCGGUCUCGUGAACGAGACGGUUCCGCAAAAUAAGACUGGCGAUGCCGCUUACCAAAUGGCACUCUCUAUCGCGAGAGAAAUUUUAACCAAAGGUCCUAUUAGCAUUAGAUGGGCAAAAGUGGCUAUAUCCAAGGGCUCAGAAGUGCCUUUGAAAGACGGUCUGGAGCUGGAGAAACAGUGCUACAGUAAGAUUGUGGAUACUCAAGACAGACUCGAAGGACUUGCCGCUUUCGUGGCAAAACGUGAACCUGUUUAUCAAGGAAAAUAAGCAAAAAAUCACGGCAUUAUCGAACAAACAACGAAUGCUUAAUUUUACAUAUGAACGAAAGGAAUUUUAUAUGAGCUUUUUUUACAAUAUAUAUGUAUAAACGUUUUCCUAAAUCGAUUUUGUGAUAUACUUAACAUAUUUUCGAACCGUGUUGACGUGAAAAAUCGAAACUUACGUAACGAAAACUAUUUAGAGAGAUAAAAAGGUAACGUUUAUGUUUUUUAUGCAACCUGCGUAACAGAUGCGGAUGCAAUAUUAACCUUGCAUAAUGCCUAGUACAUUUGCAUAUGCUAAUGAAAUAAAGGUGCCUUUUAUAUAGUAUAUAACGGAAAUAUUCUACGCCGUUGUAGAUUUUCCAAUAUCGUAACGUUCUUAUAUUUUUUUGUUAAUAUUGUUAUUGUUUUCGAAAAACGAAUUGCGAAUAUAUUAUAUUAUGUAAUGCAUUAGGAUGUGUGUGAUGGUGUAUGUAUGUACGAGACUUGCGCGUGUAAAUUUUAUCUCCCGGAAAUACAAAAAAAUUGCUAUUAAUAUCGAACAUUAAAACAUUUUUAAAAUUUAAUUAUUUUAAUUUUUGUAUUUCGGGGGAUUUUUGUAUUCAGAGGAUAAGAAAACCUCAUAAAAGAACAUGUGUAGAGAACAUGUAGAAAUAUAUUUUUAAAUGUGCAUAAAAAA